GAAGACCCUUCAGGCCAUCGACAUUUACUAUCAUAACCUCUGACUUCGCUUGUCGUGCUUUUCAUGUGGAGGUGCCCAGAAUUGUCUCCGUUCAUUAGCGGAUAAAAUAUACUACUUGCCGACGGUGUCUUUGGAUGCCAACUUCUCCUCGAAUUAAACCGUCUGGAGCGAAAACGGGAAGGUCAUCGAAUACGAGAUGGACAGAGAUAUGGCUGCUGGAUGUCUCUGAAAUACUCGUCGAGGGAAAACGCAACCCCGAAUGCACACUGGUGACCAACGGGAGGUUCUUCCCAGACUAGUACUACUCCUCCCUGGAAUUUCACUUUCAAGUUCGCACCUUGAGUACCUAGAACACGCUUUGUUGCCACAAAGUUUCCCACGACUCUCGCCGUGCACGAGAACGAGUGGCAAACGAACGGCAACGUCAAUAUCCGCAACAAUCAUCUUUUAGAUUGCGGCAACCAGUAAAAUAAAUGUUCGUUCAUCAGAACAUAAUCACAAAUAGGUCAACGGCUAUCUUCCGAAAACCUGAGAGACUUGUUCUCAGACAGUCCCUCGUAUUUAACGUUCAACAAUUCACACCAAUGACAUCGAGGGUUACAGGUUAUUAAUCAUUACUAAAAAGCCCAGCAAAUCUCAGCUAGUAUAAAAACCUCACAACAUCUGUCUACUCCAUCUCAAACUUUUCCUUUCAAACCAAACCAGCCCUUCAGAAUCUCUUGAACAAAAUGUCGGCCUUCGGUCCUGCUCCUAAACCAGCUACCAAGCUCGGUAUCUAUCGUGUUCUGUCAUCUCGAGCUGGGGUUCGCGUCUCUCCAUUAUGCCUUGGUGCGAUGAGCAUCGGCGACAAGUGGGAGGAUUGGAUGGGGUCGAUGGACAAAGAAUCCAGUUUCAAGUUGAUGGACGCGUAUUUCGAUAUGGGAGGGAACUUUAUCGACACGGCUAGCAACUACCAGGACGAGACCUCGGAAGAGUUUAUUGGCGAGUGGGCAGAAAAGAGAGGAAUUCGAGACCAGUUGUUUAUUGCUACCAAGUACACAACUCUCUUCAAGAAAGCAGACCCGAAGAUCGUUCAAAAAGUCAAUUAUGUCGGGAAUAAUAUGAAGAAUAUGCAUCUCAGCGUCAAAGCAAGCCUGAAAAAACUUCGCACCGACUACAUCGAUCUUUUCUACGUACAUUGGUGGGACUAUGAUACCUCAAUUGAGGAAAUUAUGGAUGGAUUGCACAACCUAGUCGUUCAAGGCAAGGUUCUCUACUUGGGUAUCUCGGACACACCGGCGUGGAUAGUGGCACAGGCUAACCAAUACGCUCGAGAUCACGGAAAGACACCCUUCUCUGUCUAUCAAGGACAAUGGAAUAUCCUGCAGAGAUCUUUUGAAAGAGAUAUCAUUCCCAUGGCGCGAUCCUUCGGCAUGGCACUCGCCCCGUGGGGUGUUAUCGGUGGAGGCAGACUCAGGACCGAUGCUGAGGAGCAACAGAGAAAGGAAAGCGGGGAGGAGGGCAGGAAGCGGGGUGGUACUUCAAGUUGGGAGAGGACGCCGGACGAAGCAAAGAUGAGUCGUGCAUUGGAGAAAGUCGCACAGGAGAUCGGCGCGAAGAGCAUUUCAUCCGUUGCAAUUGCGUAUGUGAUGCAAAAGACCACUCACGUCUUCCCGAUCAUUGGUGGGCGGAAAGUGGAACACCUGAAGCAAAACCUUGAAGCACUUGAUAUUACUCUGUCUCCAGAACAGAUUCAGUUCUUGGAGAGUCAAGUUCCCUUCGACGUUGGCUUCCCUAUUUCAAUGAUUGGAGACGGAAAGCAGCCCAGUUUCUUGUUGAACAUGGCAUGUCAGUACCAGAAGGCUCCCGAGGCGCAACCCCUUCCUGCACCUAAGUUGUAGUUCUGGCACUCAAAAUUUGUGUACUUGGGCUGUAAUCGCCGUGUCAGCUCGAUAUUGUUCAAUGCUAAUGGACCCACUCGCU